CCAUUGUUAUUUCGUUUCUCCUCAUAAGCAGCCUGUAUCAAAUCCUCUGCCGGAGGCUUUAAUAUAUAUUGUGCCCUCUGGACUACUCCCUUGCCCAAGCCAUGAGCUUAGAGAACCCAACCGCCGGUUCGCCGGCACUUCCGGAAGGAGUCUCGUCGCUUUUAGAUACUGAUCUCUAUAAGCUGACAAUGCAAUGCGCCGUUCUUAAAUAUUUCCCAGAAACAGAGGUUACGUACGCGUUUACCAAUCGCACCGCAGACAUGCGAUUGACGAGAGGUGCCUAUCACUGGCUCCAGAAACAAGUCGACAAGCUUGAAAAUAUUGCGCUGUCAGACGAAGAGCUCGGCUUUCUCCGAACCCAUUGUUCCUACUUGAACGAAGCAUACCUUUCUUUUCUCAAAGACUUUCGAUUGCGGCCUACUGAACAACUGAAGCUCGCCUUCCGACCAUUCAAGGACACCGGAAGCGACCAGGACCGGGGUAAUGUGGAGAUUGACAUCAGGGGGCGAUGGGUCGAUACCAUACUCUACGAGAUUCCAUUGCUGGCUUUAGUCAGUGAAGCUUACUUCAAGUUCUGCGAUACAGACUGGAAUCAUGAAGGGCAGGAAGAUAAAGCAUAUCAUAAGGGCCUCACUCUGCUUGAAUAUGGGUGCGUUUUGUCUGAAUUCGGAAGCAGAAGAAGACGAGAUUAUUAUACCCAAGAGCUGGUCUUGCGGGGCUUGUGUAGGGCUGCUGCUGUGGGAGCGCAAAAGGGCUGGAAGGGCAAGUUGAGUGGUACGAGCAAUGUUCACUUUGCCAUGAAGCAUGGGCUCACACCCGUCGGAACCGUUGCUCACGAGUGGUUCAUGGGCGUGGCGGCAAUCACCAAUAACUAUGAGCAAGCAAACGAAAUUUCGUUGCGGUACUGGGUUGGUACUUUUGGAGAAGGGGUGCUUGGGAUCGCAUUGACCGACACCUUUGGCACCCCCACAUUCUUGAAAGCCUUCAAGCAGCCUAUUCCAUCAUUCUCUUCAGCAGGAAUUGGAGGUGCGCCGACCUUGGCCUCUACCGGCGACUCCACCACACUGGACACUCUUACCAGCCUCGGUGAGACCAAUCCUCCGCCGAUCCAUGCUCCAGUAGUGGGCGGAGAGACCGAAGCACAGGCAAAGCGUACAUUCGCCCAGGUGUUUACUGGUGUUCGACAGGAUUCUGGCGAUCCUGCUGGCUUCAUCAAGCUGAUGCGGGAGUUCUACGAUGAACAAGGAAUCAAGGAUAAGAAGAUAAUUGUGUUUUCUGAUUCGUUGAAUGUGGAACGCUGCCUCGAGUAUAUGCAGGAGGCACAAGAUGCUGGGUUUCAACCGACAUUCGGUGUCGGCACUUUCUUAACGAAUGAUUUCACGAACACAUCGAACGGCCUCAAGUCUGUGCCGCUGAAUAUUGUGAUCAAACUUGCUUCUGCGGGUGGUCGCCCCGCUGUCAAGAUUAGUGACAAUAUUGGAAAGAAUACCGGCGAUAAAAGUACUGUCGAACGCGUAAAGCGUCAGUUAGGUUAUGUUGAACGAGAUUGGGAAGGCGGUGAUGAGACAAGUCGUUGGGGCACUCCUGAGAGCGGCGUGGAACGUCCGACCAGCGUUACAAAUUAAGUCAAGCCUCGCUCUGGUAGUGGAGAACGCGGUUCAUUCAGUACGGAAGAUCGGACUAUGGUAGUUUUAGACCAGUUCAUCGGCGUCAAAUAUAGAGGGUGGAGCGAAUACUCGAAGCUGAAUAGCUGCGGAUAUUUGUUCGGGCUAUUGAAUGAUUUUAAUCUUUUUUUUUUUUUUAUAUAAAUUU